CUACACGUUGUUACUUCUGAAAUAGAGCUCGCAGUGCUCGUUCUGAUUAAGUAAAUUUAUAUUUUUAAAGAGCUUUGAUAUGUCUGGACGUGGAAAAGGUGGUAAGGUCAAGGGAAAGACGAAGUCACGGUCAAAUAGAGCUGGAUUACAAUUUCCGGUUGGCCGUAUCCAUCGUCUUUUAAGGAAAGGUAAUUAUGCCGAGCGUGUUGGGGCUGGAGCGCCAGUUUACUUGGCAGCAGUGAUGGAAUAUCUGGCUGCUGAAGUUCUCGAGUUGGCCGGAAAUGCAGCUCGUGAUAACAAAAAAACUAGAAUUAUUCCAAGACAUUUACAAUUGGCGAUUCGAAAUGACGAAGAAUUAAAUAAAUUGUUGUCUGGCGUGACUAUUGCUCAGGGUGGUGUCCUGCCGAACAUACAGGCUGUUUUACUUCCAAAGAAGACAGAAAAGAAAACAUAAUUAAAAAUUUGCAAACUAAAACGGCCCUUUUUAGGGCCACCAAAUUGAUUUCUUCUUAAGGAAUUAUUUCGUUUGAAUCGUAUUAUUAAUAAUUUGUUAUAAAUGAAAAUAUAUCUUUUGAAUAUUUACAAAUAUUACUUCUAAUAUUUAAAAAUAGUUCUCAUCUUUCUUUUAAUGAAAUUCUAAAACAAUAAUAUCAAAAGGUUUAUUAUACAAAAUUAAGUAUAUUAAAUUAAAGCAGAUUUGUUUAACCAUUUGUUUAAGAUAAAUAUGUGAACAAUUUAUUUCUAAAUCGCGUUAGUAUUUCACAAAAAAUAUACACAAGGCAAGCAUAAUAUCUGGCAACGUUGUAAUGAAAGAAUGUGUAACAAAUCCACGUAAGGAUUUGGCAACACCGUAUGAGACACAGUUGGUCAUCGUAAGUUGCAUUCGAGUCGAUACUACCUUCAUGUUUACUUGUCGACAAGAUAAAAUUAUACUUUGAAAAAUUACUUUAAAGUUUUUAAUUGUAUAGAAAUUAUAUAUUGUAAUAAGCAGAAUGAUUAAUAAAAUAAUUACUAUUAAUUCAUAAGAGUAUAGUUUUUGUAGGAUAACUUUGUACAAUCACUUUAUAUCAAACAAACAAUAUUGUUACUUUUUGUAAAGAUAAAAGUACAUAAUAUAUACUUGAUAUUACCUAAUAUUUGA